AUGCGCUCCAAGGACAAAAUCGCAUAUUUUUAUGAUGGGGACGUGGGUAGUGUUUACUUUGGACCAAACCAUCCCAUGAAACCGCACAGGCUGUGUAUGACCCACCAUCUUGUUCUUUCUUAUGACCUUCACAAGAAGAUGGAGAUUUAUAGGCCUCACAAGGCAUACCCCAGUGAGCUGGCUCAGUUCCAUUCCGAGGAUUAUGUUGAAUUUCUACAUCGGAUUAGACCUGAUACGCAAAACUCGUUCAGAACUGAAUUAGCUAGAUUUAAUCUUGGAGAAGAUUGCCCUGUUUUCGAAAAUCUGUUUGAAUUUUGUCAAAUUUAUACUGGAGGAACUAUAGAUGCGGCUCGCAGAUUGAAUAACCAACUAUGCGAUGUUGCUAUCAAUUGGGCUGGUGGAUUACAUCAUGCCAAAAAAUGUGAGGCGUCUGGAUUUUGUUACAUCAACGACUUGGUCCUAGGGAUCUUAGAGCUUCUUAAACAUCAUGCUCGGGUUCUGUACAUAGACAUAGAUGUUCAUCAUGGAGAUGGUGUAGAGGAGGCCUUUUAUUUCACGGACAGGGUGAUGACAGUCAGUUUUCACAAGUUUGGGGAUUUGUUCUUCCCUGGAACUGGUGACGUUAAGGAAAUAGGAGAAAGAGAAGGGAAGUUCUAUGCCAUCAACGUUCCACUCAAAGAUGGAAUAGAUGACACAAGCUUUACCCGCCUCUUUAAAACUAUAAUAUCAAAGGUCAUAGAAAUCUAUCAACCAAGUGCUAUAGUUCUUCAAUGUGGAGCAGAUUCGUUAGCUGGGGACCGCUUAGGCUGUUUUAAUCUCUCGAUUGAUGGUCAUGCUGAAUGUGUCAAGUUUGUCAAGAAAUUCAACCUUCCUUUACUGGUUACUGGAGGCGGAGGAUAUACAAAGGAGAAUGUAGCUCGGUGUUGGACAGUUGAAACAGGGGUUCUGUUGGAUACUGAACUACCCAAUAAGAUUCCUCAAAAUGAGUACUUGGAAUAUUUUGCCCCUGACUAUUCGCUGAAGAUUCCAAGUAGACUCAUAGAGAAUUUUAACAGCAAAUCUUAUCUUAGCACCAUUAAAGUGCAAGUAAUGGAGAAUUUGCGGCACAUACAACACGCUCCAAGUGUGCAGAUGCAAGAGGUUCCACCCGACUUUUAUAUCCCCGACUUUGACGAAGAUGAGCAGAACCCAGAUGAACGAAUGCAUCAGCAUACACAAGACAAGGAAAUCCAGAGGGAUGAUGAGUACUACAACGGAGACAAUGACAACGAUCACCCAGCUGGAUCAUGA